CCAUAUCCAUCAAUAUCUCUCCAUUCCUGGGGAUAUCUAUCCAUAUACCCAUAUAGGGCCAUGCCAACUGUAGGAAUAAAAGAAAAGUUAAUUAGAUAGGCCCCCGGCUAUCCUUGCAAAAUCAGCACCCUCACCUACUUGUGAGGAUGCCAGAUACAUGGUAACCUACAACCAACGCGUGUUCCGUGGCUAGCCCUGGACUUAUCCGACCGCCUUCCCCCCAACAGAGGUCCAUGAUAGGCAUGAAGAGCUUGUCAAGGGUGAAAUGACUGCAAAACCUCUGAAGGAAAAUCACGAUAUAACUCUAGCCCAGUGUGCAGUCAUGGUAGUUUCUAGAAGGAUCUGGUGGUUUCGUACUUUAAUUCGCAAUUUUUCAUCUAGUUUAUUCCAGUAGGGUCUAGUGAUGAAGUGACUUGAAUCAGGGAUAAGUAUAUAAGGACAGGGUGCAAGCCAGGAUAGCCCAUUGCAUAUAGAACAAGGAGAUACACAAGCAAACAUGGAUGAAACACAAUUUACUGAUAACGCACUUAGUAUAAUUCAAACUGCUAAUCAAUUGGCUAAAGAUAAUUGUCAUACUCAGUUGACACCAUUGCAUUUUUUGGCAGCAAUGGUGCCAACCGAUGCAGAGAAUUCCAAUGCUUAUUUGAAGACGCUUAUUCAAAAGGGAAGGUUUGAUUGGGCGGUGUUUGAAAGAAAUGUUAACAAACAUUUAGUGAGAUUGCCAUCCCAAACACCUGCUCCAGAAGAUAUAAGGCCAAGUUAUGCAGCUGGUCAAGUAUUGACCAAGGCCAUUAAGAUUAAAGCGCAACAAAAGGAUUACUAUGUUGCGCAAGAUCAUAUUUUAUUGGCAUUAUUGGAAGAUCAGUCCAUUAAGGAUAUCUUCAAGGAGUCGGGGAUUAAUAUUGAAACCAUCAAGUCUCAAGCCAUUGAAUUGAGAGGGGAUCAAAGAAUUGAUUCUAGACAAGCCGAUUCGCUGAGUUCAUAUGAAUUUUUAAACAAGUAUUGUGAAGAUUUAACCGAAAAGGCAAGACAAGGUAAAAUUGAUCCGGUUAUUGGUAGAGAAGAAGAAAUUAGAAGAGUUAUUAGAGUUUUAGCUAGAAGAACAAAGUCGAAUUCUGUUUUAAUUGGUGAAGCCGGGGUUGGUAAAACAUCGAUUGCAGAAGGUGUUGCUCAAAGGAUUAUUGAUGGUGAUGUACCAAAUGUUUUGGCAAAUUCAAGAUUAUUUGCAUUAGAUUUAGGUGCAUUAACCGCCGGUGCUAAAUAUAAAGGUGAAUUUGAAGAAAGAAUGAAGGGUGUUUUAAACGAAAUCGAAAAAUCAAAAGAAAUGAUUAUUUUAUUUAUUGAUGAAAUUCAUAUGUUAAUGGGUGAUGGUAAAUCAGAUGCUGCCAAUUUAUUAAAACCAAUGUUAGCAAGAGGUACUUUACAUUGUAUUGGUGCUACUACUUUUGCGGAAUAUAGAAAACAUAUUGCAAAAGAUGGUGCUUUUGAAAGAAGAUUUCAAACAAUUGAUGUCCCUGCUGCCACUGUUCCUGAAACAGUUGCAAUUUUAAGAGGUUUACAACCAAGAUAUGAAAUUCAUCAUGGGGUUAGAAUUUUAGAUAGUGCUUUAGUUUCUGCUGCUCAAUUAGCAGGUAGAUAUUUAACUUAUAGAAGUUUACCUGAUUCUGCUGUUGAUUUAAUUGAUGAAACUGCUGCUACGGUUGCUGUUGCAAGAGAUUCUAAACCUGAUGAAUUAGAUUCUUUAGAAAGACAAUUACAUCUUGUGGAAGUUGAAAUCAAUGCAUUAGAAAGAGAUGUUGAAACUGAUGAAGCUUCAAAAGAUCGCUUGGAAGUUGCUCGUAAAAAACAAGCUGAAUUAGAAGAAAAAUUAGGACCUUUAAGAGAACAAUUUAAUCAAGAACGUGCUGGUCAUGAACAAUUAAUUUCAGCUAAAAGAAAAUUGGACGAUUUAGUUAUCAAAGCUCAAGAUGCUGAAAGAAGACAUGAUACUGCCACUGCUGCUGAUUUAAGGUAUUUUGCUAUACCAGAUGUUGAAAAACAAAUUGAACAAUUAGAAUUAAAAGUUGAAGAAGAAGAAAAUUCAAAUCAAUUACUUAGAAAUGUUGUUAAUUCUGAACAAGUUGCCGAAACUGCUGCUAGAUUAACUGGUAUACCAGUUAAUAAGUUAACUCAAGCUGAAAAUUCAAAAUUAAUUAAUAUGGAAAAAGAAUUAAGUUCAGCUGUUGUUGGUCAAAGUGAAGCAGUCAAAGCAGUUUCAAAUGCAAUUAGAUUAACUAGAUCAGGUUUAGCAAAUCCAAACCAACCAGCUUCUUUUAUGUUUUUAGGUUUAUCGGGUUCUGGUAAAACUGAAUUGGCUAAAAAAUUGGCUGGUUUCCUUUUCGCUGAUGAAAAAUCUUUAAUUAGAGUUGAUUGUUCGGAAUUAAGUGAUAAAUGGUCAACUUCAAAAUUAUUAGGUGCUGCUCCUGGUUAUGUUGGUUAUGAUGAUCAAAAUUCAAUUUUUGAAAAUGUUUUACGUAAACCUUAUUCAGUUUUAUUAUUUGAUGAAGUUGAAAAAGCUGCUCCUGAAGUUUUAACCGUUUUAUUACAAGUUUUAGAUGAUGGUAGAGUUACUACUUCUCAAGGUAAAGUUAUUAAUUGUUCCAAUACAAUUAUUAUUUUAACUUCUAAUUUGGGUGCUGAAUAUAUUAACGCCUCAAAGGGUUCAAGAAUUGAUUCUACAACUAGAGAAUUGGUUAUGAAUUCUGUUAGAAGUCAUUUCAGACCAGAAUUCUUAAAUCGUAUCUCUUCCACAGUCAUCUUUAAUAGAUUAUCAAAGAAGGCAAUUGCUAAAAUUGUUAAAAUUAGAUUAAAUGAAAUUCAAUCUAGAUUUGCUGCUAAUGGUAAAACAUUAUCUUUACAUGUUGAUGAUGAUGCUUUAGAAUACUUAUGCAAAAAUGGUUAUUCUUCUGAUUUAGGUGCUAGGCCUUUAAACCGUUUGAUUCAACAAGAAAUUUUGAAUCGUUUAGCAGUCUUAUUAUUAAAAGGUCAAAUCAAAGAUAAAGAAACAGCUAGAGUUACUCUCGGAGAAAAAGGUUUGGAAAUCGUUCCAAAUCAUGAAAUUGACGAUGUCGAAAUGGCCGAUGUCGACGUCGAAAGCUGGGAAGAUAGUGAAGAUAUCGAUGAUGAUAUCGAUACCCCUCCACUCGAUUAAUUACAUAUUAUGACUCACGAUUAUUGAUUGCUUUAAUUACCUGAUUUUUAUUGAUUGUUUUUGUUAUACUUACUCUUUCUAUUUUUGUAUCUUCCCCUGAAGGGGUUCAAUUUCCACUUCUCUGUAAAUAAAUAAUAAACUUUGUACUAUCAAAAAA